AUGAUUCCAAACAAGAAUCUUCUGACCAUUUAUCGAGUAUUUCAAGUGGCAAGCCCAAACAAAGACUGCCUAGAACUUGGAAAGCCGGAAAUAAACGCUGCAUAUUUGCAAGAAAAUGCGGAAAUGGAGAAAGCAAAUGGAGUGCACGCCGAAUUUAUACAUCCACAUCCAGUUCACUCUCUUCAACUGGAAAUCAUGCCACCGGAAGUUUCAACAUUGCACACAGCGUAUUUGAACAUCGCUCAAAAUAAAAUGGUCGCCCAGUCAAAAUGCGAAAGGGAUAAAGAUGGCAACCGCGGCCUUCUAUGGCACCUUCCACAUACGAUCUCGCCUCCGCGUGAAGACUUUUACGAUGGAAAAAGUGGCCUCAAAUUUAGAAUUUAUGAUGUUGUCUUUCAUCCAGAUACGAUUAGAAUGGGCAAAACGAACUCGAACUUUAUGACCAUGCUUCAUAAAUCAGCAAUAGAUGCAGUUUCGUCUAAUUUUAAAGUAAAGGUCAGUCCUAAAUACGAGCAAGUAAUGGACAGGUCGUACGUGGGAAAAGAAGAAACCUGCGUCCUGACAACUCCACUUCCCGCACCCGAAGCAACAAAAACUCCCCGACCAAGUUCAAGGGGAAAGCCAAGCAAACUCAACCCAAAGAAAGAAGAGGAGAUUCGUGAGGAUUUGCAAAAAUUCAUGGAGAACAGGCCUGGUAGAACAAAGGGUAAAGUGGUGACGAAAUCGACAUUGAGAACACGAUGGGAUGGAAAAGCAGGAGUCAAUGAUGAUGGAACGUUGAGUCCGCGAUGGCAAAUUAAGCAGUCUAAAAAGAUGGACUUGACGGAUUUCAUCUCUAGCCCGCAAUACCCAGAUUCGGACAAGAAAGAUGAUCUUGUCGUGUCAAUUUGGCUACCGGACUUAAACUCAGCGAAAAACGUGAAGAUAGAUAUUGCCGAGAAGACAUUGACUCUUGAAACGACCAACGAGCCGAAGUUAUACUGUGCUAAAAUUUCACUUCCGUACAACGUCGAUUCUAAAGUCGGUAAAGCGGUGUUCAGAAAUGCCGAGCAAAUUCUCGAGAUCAAAUUACCCAUCGCGAUGAACAAGCUUUCUUUUGACGAUGCUGUGAACAAUAUUGAGCCGCCUGAAAUUCCGGAUGAUUCGUCUGAGAAGAGGGGGCCCAGACUGGACUUGACAGAAAAGGAACUUGAAGAGGAAAUCCGCCGCAUCAGCAACCAGCCGCACUGCUCGUUAGCUGAGCUCAUCCCCGCUCACAAUUUGUUUCUUCCUGACUUCAAGGCGAGCGAGUCUGAACGAUGGUGUCUAUUCGAGAUCAAUGUCUCAGAAGUGCCAUUUGAUAUGGAAAAUGACUGUGAAAUCACCGAAAACGGGUUCCACCUUGCUAACAAAUUUGAUCCUGCAAUAGAAAACAUCGGCCUUAAUGUAACCAUUGGUAACGGUGGUGUCAAGAUUGAUGAAUGCCACAAGUACACGCACCGACAAUUUGCACCUGGCAAGAGAGUGCUCGAAGUCAAGCUGAGAAAAAAGAAUGAUGGACUCUUGAAGCAUUUCAACAUGGGAAAAACAAGAAACUCACUCGAUUCGUACCGUUUUGAUGCUCUUAUAAGCGACCGACAGGUACUUUAUAUGACUGUCGAAGGUGACCGAUCAUUACCGCAGCAAAACGAGCCCGCUGUCUGGCUGCCCACGUCUAAGGCCGGAACUCCGAUUAAAGAGCGUGCAGUUUUGAAGGCUAAUCGAGGGAAGAAGAAAAAUUACCGAUGGUAG